UAUGGAAGCCCAAGCGGCCUCAUUGGCUUCUUCUUCUUCUAGUCGUCGUCACCGGAGAGAAAAGUUGGCGAUUUGCAAACUUCUUCAUUUUAAAUCGACUGCUUCUCCUCUCUCUCUCUCUCCACCAAACCAAACAUUCUCAUCGUUCGUUCUCAGAUCAGCCAUGGAGGACGAGAUUGAACUCAAAACUGCUCCUGCUGAUUUCCGGUUUCCAACAACUAACCAAACGAGGCACUGCUUCACCCGUUACAUUGAGUUCCACAGGUGCACAACUGCAAAAGGUGAGGAUUCAAAUGAAUGCGAGAGGUUCGCCAAGUACUACCGCGCUCUCUGCCCUGGAGAAUGGGUUGACAAGUGGAAUGAGCAGAGGGAGACCGGAACAUUCCCUGGCCCUCUUUGAUUCAGACAAGAAUCUCUCUUUUAUCAUUUUAAGUUUGAGACCAAAAAGGUCGUGUGGAUGAUCAUGAAAUCUAACUCUUUGUCUUUCGUUAAGCGUUUUUCCUUUGAUGAUCAAUUAAAUAAAUUGGAAUCAGACAUUCUUUGGAUUUCA